GGCGGCGACAACGACGACGCGGCAACGACGGCGGCGGAGGAGGAGGACGGUGAGGGGGUCCGCGAGCGGCGCCCGGCUGCUUCUCGCGAGAUUUCCGGGGUCGUGCCAGGCUUUGGGAUUGUUCAUGCUUAAGUAAAAGAAACUAAAGGACAACCCGGCCCUGGAAAUAAAGGCUUUGCUUCAUGGCUUAGAGCUGUCUGUGAAGGAUAAAGGAUACCCCUGCACAAUCAGGAUAACACCAGCGUGCUACAGCCGCUCUAACGUGUCUUUGAAAGCCUCCCAGCAUCGUCUGGCGUCAUAGAAAAUUAACUCUAGCAAGACUGACUGCAGGGACAGCAUGUACCUGAGGGGCAUUGCCCGCACCCCUUACCUGCUCUGUGCUGGGAUCCGGCAGCACCCGCAGGGCUUAAUCCGGCGGAGGCGAUCUGGAUGGUGCCAUUAUAAAGCUGUGAUCUUUGACGCCAGCGGAGUGCUCCUCCCGUCCCCUUACAAGACAGCUGUGGACUGGGAGGCCCGGAAUUGUAUUCCAGCCGGCACCAUCCAGCAAGCUAUGCUCUCUGGAGGGGAAAGUAGUCCCUCUCUGAAGUACACAAGAGGAGAGCUGACGGCUGUGGAGUUUUUGCAGGAAUUGGGACAGAAGUGCUUUGAGAUUGCAAAUGUCUGUGUUCCAGUGGACUCUUUUCUCUUGGACUUAAUCAGAAAUGAGAUGAUAAAACAGCUCCCCAUAAUGGCAGAAGCAGUACAGUGUAUCCGUGCAGAAGGUCUUAAGACAGCUCUUCUAAGCAACAGCUUCUGUCUGCUGAAUGGAGAGAGCUUUCCGCUGCUGGACCGAAAGCACUUUGAUGUGAUGGUUGAAUCUUAUCGGGAAGGAAUGCACAAGCCAGAUCCUCGUAUCUACAAGCUGUGCUUGGAGCGGUUGGGCGUUCAGCCCCAGGAAUCCAUCUUCCUCGACAGCAGCAGCCAGAACCUAAAAGCAGCAGCCCAGCAUGGCAUUAAAACAGUGAAGGUCAAUGAUCCAGAAGUAGCAUUCAAAGAGCUGGAAACCUAUCUGGGUUUUCCUUUGCAAGGGUUUGUUCCAAAUACUCGUUCAGUGAGACCAAGCAUGGAAAUCCCAAAAGAUCGUCUGCAAAAGUACCUUGAAAACGUUCUCAGUGACCAAGCAACAGGCCCGCUAGCGUUACGGCAGUUUGGCCACGGACAGUCUACCCAGACCUAUUAUGUCAAGUUUGGAGAUCGCUUGCUAGUGCUGAAGAAGGAGCCCUCUGACAGGCUGCAUCCCUCGGGCUCUGCUGUCAGAAGGGAAUACAGGGUACUGAAGGCACUCUCUGAGGCUGGUGUUCCUGUUCCCACUGUACUUGCUGUCUGCGAGGACAGAAGCACUCUUGGCACACCUUUCUACCUGAUGGAGCACUGUGCUGGCCGCGUCUUCAGGGACAUCUCCCUCCCCACACUGCAGCCUAGCCAGCGGAGAGCUAUUUAUGCUGCCAUGAGUCAAGUCCUCUCCAAGAUCCACAGUGUAGACCUCAGAGCAGCCAAACUGGAGGACCUCGGGGAGCAUGCUAAUUACAUUCAGCGACAAGUUGAGACCUGGACAAAGCAGUAUCGAGCCAUGGAAACUCAUGUUAUCCCAGCCAUGGAGAGGCUCAUCGAGUGGCUGCCUCUGCAUUUUCCUGAAUCUCAGAAGACGACAGUUGUGCAUGGUGAUUUCAGGAUGGACAACCUGGUCUUUCAUCCAGACAGGCCAGAAGUCCUUGCUGUCCUUGGCUGGAAGCUUUCAACUCUAGGAGAUCCCAUCUCUGAUUUGGCGAAUAACUGUAUGGCCUACUUCCUGCCACCUCACUUUAAUGCACUGAGAGGCUUGAGGAAGUGUGAUUUGGGACACCUGGGAAUCCCUACAGCAGAGGAGUAUUCCCAGAUGUACUGUGACCACAUGGGAGUGGAGCACCCUGAGAACUGGAAUUUCUACAUGGCCUUUGCCUUUUUCCGACUGGCUGCAACGCUGCAGGGACUCUACAAACGCUCUCUGGCAGGGAGGCCAGCUCCAGGUGAAGGCAGCCCAGAGGAUGCAGAGUUUGUGGCCAACCUGGCUUGGGAUUUCGCCAUAAAAGAAGGAUUCCGUGUCUUUGACAGCCUCCCCACCACAAAGCCUCUCACACGUUGUUACAGCACCUUGGCCAGUCGAGGGCUGUUCCUCCGCAGGAGCUAUGGUACCUGGCCACGGCCUGGGGCAGCUCUUGAGCCCAGAGUUGCCCUGGUCACACCCCCCAGCAGCCUGCUGGGGAUGGCCCAGGGUCUUUCCUGCAAACUGGAAAAGAUCAUGGGUGUCCAAUGGAGUUUUCUGAUUUCCCAGCUCAGAUGGACUCCACGUCCUCUUCUAGAGUUGAAGGCAGAGAGUGCCAGGACCAAAGCAGCGGCUCUGAUGAAGACUGUACAGGCUAUGGAUGAGGAUAACCAGGUCUCUGGAGCAGAACAUCUCAGCGGUGCAGACCCCAGCCUGGUGCUUCACUUGGACCUGAGCUCCAUGUCUGGCUGAAGGUCCUGCAUGGUUCACAGGACAGCACUCUCCAAACCGGAGCUGAACCACUAGCCACAGCACUGGGGAGCCUCGGACGCGAGAACAAACCAGCCGCUUUGGCAUGGGAGAGGUCAUGCUAACAGCAGCCUGGGACCUUCUGAAUUUCAGCAAACUGUUAUCUCCUGUCUGGGCUCAGUGCCUUUAUUGCCAGGCUCAGUAGAGAAUGGGGCAAAAUCCACCCCUGGAUCAUGCGGCUGCAGGCAGUCACUUGCAGGGGGAUGGAGCUGGUCAGGAAUGACCGGGUGGGGGUGCAAGACUUGGUUUUGGGAAUAAAGAGAAUGGAGCAGUG